UUGUCAUUUUAUUUGCUUAGAAAUCAGCUGUUCGUGAAAAUAGAAGCAAAUUAUUAUUAAAUAUUUAGAAACUUUUCCAAGAUAUUAACAAUUGGACAUCGAAAUAUUUAUAAUGAGUGAUCAUAGCUCAUACGAUAAUGUGCCCAAAACUGAGCAAUCGGCGCAACAACUGCCUAUCACAUUAAACACCAACCCAACCAUAAGCCGCGUUAAUAACAUAACCACUAAUGCUCCUGCAUCGGAUGGCGAAAAAGAGCUGACACCGGGACGUUGUAAUCUACAAAAUUGGCUUGGCCAUACGUUCAGAGUUGUGAUAACUGAUGGACGCGUGCUCGUUGGCUUCUUCAAUUGUACGGACAAGGACGCCAAUGUUGUGCUAUCUAUGUGCGCAGAGUACUUGGAAGAAGGCAAGGAUGCACGCAUACUUGGUAACGUUAUGAUCCCGGGCAAACACAUUGUCUCAAUCGCAGUGGAUAUGCCUAGAGAUGCAGCGCUGUCGGAUAAACCCAGUGCGCCAUCAGCACCCGAAAUACUUUAAUAUAACCUAAGAAAACCGGCAUUAAUUCAACAAGUAAUCCAUUAUACAUAUAGUUUAAGUGACUACUUUUAUUUAGUUUAACAUUAGUAAAAGCAAAUAACAAAUUCGAUUAUCAACUAUGA